AAAGUCCCUUGGUCACCAGUUGAGCAGCUUUCGGCAGCGUACCAAAGAUGACGGAUGAAUUGUUAUUCUCCGCGUUGGGCCUAACCACGGACACAGGUGUAGAGAGGCAACUGUUCUCCGCGAACCCGACCACCACAUUGAUGUGCAACUAUGAGGCGUCCUCAUGCAGAGCGACACCGCAACACAGCGAUGAUUCGGAGACGAUCGACGGUCGAUCGGGCAAUUUCGCUAAUGUGGACUGUUACACGGACUUGACCUGUCCAACAAAGACGUCUUGGAACGAAUGGUCUGACAAUACCUCUACGUCGUUCUCCGGUACAGGUUGUCUGAGCGAGCUGAGUGAAUUAGACUCAGAGUUAGAAUGGUGUUUAGACAAAAGCUGGAACUCUGGACUGCCAGAGAGGACACCACUGUGCACAGCGGGCUGUGAGGGUUUUCUACAUUUACCCUUGCCGAAUCCGCAGCAAACGUUUCAGCAAGAGGAACCAUUAUGGGUGCUUGGGAUCGAUUUGAGAGCUCUCGAUGAUACUUUGGAAACGAACAGAAUAGAUUACAACAAUAAUCAAGUAGAAGAAAAUAUUAUUUCAACAGCAGCUGCCGCAGCACUGGCCACCCAUGACUACACCAAUCGCAACUUGGCGAACGCGUCGGAGGAUCGAUGCUUUCCUUGCACUUACCAAGGAUGCGUGAAGAUCUAUGCGAAGGCAUCUCACUUAAAAGCUCAUCUACGUCGACAUACUGGCGAGAAGCCAUUUGCAUGCACGUGGUCUGGCUGCGGAUGGCGCUUCAGCCGGUCAGAUGAGCUAGCUAGGCACAGACGGUCACAUUCAGGAGUAAAACCCUAUCCAUGUGAAAUGUGUUCAAAGAAAUUUGCACGUAGCGACCACCUGGCCAAACACCGCAAGGUGCACCGGAAAAACGCGUAUCCCCUAUUCCACGGUGGAAGAGGACUUCGUGGAGGAAAGAUGAACAUUGUACCAACGGAGAUUUAGUAGUUUUUACGUGCAAUAA